CGCACGUACGCACGCACGCACACUUCGGCCCCGCGCCCCUCGUUCUUCGGCUACCAGGAGCGCGAUCACAUGGGCCCAUCGCGCGGCGGCCGGCGCGGGAAGCCGCGCGAGAGCGGGCAGCGGGGUGCGUGUGCCGGCGCCGCCGCGUGACGUACACGGCGCGGGAGCCGCCCCUCCCGCACGGAGGAGCCGGCUGGCCGCCGCGGCGGCGUCUGGAUGAGGACACCAGGCCUAAAGAGCGUGUAGCUUGAUGAGGUCCCACACUUGGGUAACUGGCCUCCAGGGCUCCAGACGCCUUGGUCCUUGCACUCUCCACCACAUCAGGAGUCCAGUGCCGGUUUAACCCGCUCACAGAGAGCCACAAUGGACACAGCCAGCCAUAGCCUUGUCCUCCUGCAGCAGCUGAACAUGCAGCGAGAAUUUGGUUUUCUGUGUGAUUGCACUGUUGCUAUUGGAGAUGUUUACUUCAAAGCCCACAGAGCAGUGCUUGCUGCUUUUUCUAACUAUUUCAAGAUGAUAUUUAUUCACCAAACAAGUGAAUGCAUAAAAAUACAACCAACUGACAUCCAGCCUGACAUAUUCAGCUAUUUGUUGCACAUCAUGUACACGGGGAAAGGGCCAAAACAGAUUGUGGAUCACAGUCGUUUGGAGGAAGGGAUUCGAUUUCUUCAUGCCGACUACCUUUCUCAUAUUGCGACCGAAAUGAAUCAAGUGUUCUCACCAGAGACUGUGCAGUCCUCAAAUUUAUAUGGCAUUCAGAUCUCAACGACCCAAAAAACAGCUGUCAAACAAGGGCUGGAGGUCAAAGAAGCUCCUUCCAAUAACAGUGGAAACAGAGCUGCUGUCCAGGGUGACCACCCCCAGUUGCAGCUCUCUCUUGCUAUUGGGCUGGAUGAUGGCACUGCAGACCAGCAGAGGGCCCACCCUGCCGCCCAGGCCUUGGAGGAGCACCAGAAGCCCCCAGUGUCCAUCAAGCAGGAGAGAUGUGACCCAGAAUCUGUGAUUUCUCAGAGCCAUCCCUCACUCUCGUCAGAGGUGACAGGCCCCACUUUCACAGAAAGCAGUAUCAAAAUACACUUAUGCCAUUACUGUGGUGAACGUUUUGAUUCCCGUAGUAAUCUAAGGCAACAUCUCCACACCCAUGUGUCUGGAUCCCUCCCAUUUGGUGUCCCUGCUUCCAUUCUGGAAAGUAAUGACCUUGGUGAAGUGCAUCCACUUAAUGAAACUAGCGAGGCUCUUGAAUGCCGCAGGCUCAGCUCCUUCAUUGUCAAGGAGAACGAGCAGCAGCCUGACCACUCGAACCGGGGUACCACAGAGCCUUUGCAGAUCAGUCAAGUGUCUUUGAUCUCCAAAGACACAGAGCCAGUAGAAUUAAACUGUAAUUUUUCUUUUUCAAGGAAAAGAAAAAUCACCUGUACCAUCUGUGGUCAUAAAUUUCUCCGAAAGAGCCAAUUGCUGGAACACAUGUACACACACAAAGCAGUGUCUCCCAAAUGUGUCGUCCUAGUGUGAGGUAAGUGGUCUCUGCCAGGUAACAUUUUGGAGGUAUGAUGCAGUGAGCCCAAUUCUUGUCAACCCUGAUCUGUGUUAGCAGAAAAUUGGUGUCCUAGUCAAGUGCUUUCCAACUCCCAUCCCUGGAGAGAAAGGUAAUGUCUAGUCAUUCCCCAGCCAUGUCUUGCUUUGCUCCUUUCUUUCUUCCCUAUUUACUCUCUACUAUAUCUCCUCCAGUACCAUAAUCUACAACAGUGGUUCUCAACCAGGAUGUAUUAGAGGAACAGAAGCAACAGGAUGUGUGUGUAUGUGUGUGUAUGUGUGUGUAUGUGUGUGUAUGUGUGUACACAGUAUGUGUGUUCAUAUAUACAGUAUAUACAGAGAGACUGAUUAGAAGGAGUUGGCUCACACAAUUACAGAGGCUGAGAAGUCCCAAGAUCUACAGUUGGCAGGCUGGAGACCCAGGAGACCCGAUGGUAUAGUUCCAUUCCAAAAGCCAGCAGGUUCGAGACCCACAAAGGCAGGAAAACACCAGUUCCCAGCUCAAUAGUCAGGUGGGAGAAGCUCCUCUUCCUCUCAGAAGGGUCAGCUCUUUUGUUCAUUUGUAGCCCUUCAACUGAUUGCCACAUUAGGGAGGACAGUCUGCUCUCCUCAGUCUGCCGAUUCAAAUGUUCAUCUCAUCCGAAACACCCUCACAGACACACCCAGAACAAGGUUUGAGCAAAUAUCUGGGCACCCUGUGGCUCAGUCAAGUUGACACAUAAAGUUAACCAGCACACAGGGUGAUCCCUGUCAUCCUGGGGACAUUUGGUUAUGUGGAGCUGUUUUUGGUUGUCACACUGAGUGGCGUAAGGGGCAGGUUGCUACUGGCAUCUAGUGAGUAGAGGCCAGGGAUGCUGCUAAACAUUUCACAAUGCAGUUUAUCUGGGCCAAAUGUCCGCAGUGCUGAGGUUGACUAAAAGCUUAAAGUGAGUUUUGCAAUGGUUGUCAAUAGCUAAAGAAUGCAAAGAAAGUUAAAUUUGGGGAUUUAUGCCCUAGUUAUCUUUGAAGUUAAUAAUGUUCUUAUGGAGUAUGAGAUGUGUUAGCUCUGAAUUAAGUUCUAUUUUUAUUAUCCUUUAUGGAAGCUUUUAAAAAAUAAAAAGUGUGAUUAUUAAAAAUCAGAGAUGUAUUAAGCAGCAAGACAGUUUUAAAUCUAUUAAUAUAAUGUUUGAAAUAAUUGUGUGUCUAAGAAGGUCUCUUUGUGAAAUUAAAAUGUCAUCGUAGGUUGUAAUUUGUGUAAAUUUUUAAUCUUGCCAAAAGGUGGCAGCAGUGUACCUUUUGAAAAUCUAUUCCACGUUAAGCUCAAAUUUGGCGUCACUACUUAAUUCACUAUUUAGUAGUUAGCUACUGCCAGAUCUUACUUUACUUUAUAGAGUCAUGACGAAUGAGCAUUUUUCUAGAAUUCCAUAAUAUAUUAGGUGCUGAAAUAUCUUGACAUCCCUCUUUGAUCAAGAUAUUUCUAAUUUACAUGUAAAUCUAUUAUAGCAGCAGCAAACUUUUUAAAAUAUCACAUUUACUGUGAUUGUUAUAUUCAGCAUUUCUGAGGAUUCUUGUAAGUCUUUAACAGUAAGGCUUAGAAUUUCAGUCCCAAUCACAUUUGCUCUUCUAAUCAGGCAUCAAACUCAGUUUUUGGUGUUCUGCCUGGUCAAGAGAUAAAUCAGAGACAUUUGAGUAAACACUCCUUGUUUCUUGCCUCUUGUUUCUUUUCUUCACAUCCACAACCUGUGAGGUUGGCCUGUAUAUUAUUUCCUGGAAUUAAUUUUCUCUUUCAACUAUGGUUCAACAACUGACUUUGUAACUUGGUGUUCUUUAUUCCUUUCUCCCCUCACCUCCAUUCUCUGAGCAAGUUGAGACCUUCUGAAUCUUGAAUAGAGUUCUUUCACCUUCAGCUCUUCUUGCCUUCCAAUAGUGAAUACAGUCUGCCCUCUUUUUUCUCCCAUCAUUUCUGCUUGCAGCAUUAUUAUUAAUAUUAUCCUAGGACUUUGCAGCUCAUCAUCAAAUGCUUGUCUUAAAUUUAUUUUACAGCUGAUUAGCCAGCUUAAAGAAUGAACCCACUUCCUCUAAAAUAAAUUCUCUUCCAGUGUCUAUACAAUGUUGAAACUUUUUUCAUUGAAACAACAUGGUGAUACUGUAUCAAAAUAAUGAAAAUAAAGUAUUUUCCCU